CUUAUUUGCGCGGAAAAGAAGAAGAAACAAAGCAAAAACAAUAUGUUCCCUUCUGUGAAAGUAACAUGAAUACAAUGAAAACAGGCAAGCUGUGCCAAAGUUGGAGCAGUCAGACGCCUCACGUACAUGGCUUAAAACCGUCUGCGUACCCAACCUCCGGACUGGAGCAUGACUUCUGCCGGAAUCCGGAUCAUCAAUCCGGUGUCUGGUGCUUCACCACGGACCCAGGGGAGAGAUGGGAGUUUUGUGAUGUGCCCGCCUGUGAGACUACCUUUGCCUGCUGGAGCAACCCUCUGCAGCUGUCGUGCCCGACAGGACAGACUGUCUUCAUCGACUACGCCAAGUACGACCGGACGGCCACCCCUGUCUGCCCCUGCCGGCCCUGUGACGCCGACUGCCGAGCCGCCAACAGCCUGGCCGUCCUGAAGGGAGCCUGUGAGGGUUUACAGGAGUGCACCAUAAGAACCAGCGGAUAUGUUUCCGGUGACCCCUGCCACGUGAGACACAUGUACCUGGAGCCGACAUACCGCUGUGUUACAGUGACCCCUGUCAGAGAUGACCAGCUGGAGGAUCUAGUGACCAAGUACGCGCCUAAAAUCUGGCUGGCGAAGGGUGAGAGGUACAAACCUUCCAGCGUCGACUUCCAUCUCGAAAACGUCGCUGUUCACGACGGUCAUAAAGUCUACUCCAGCAACGCGUCGACCCUCCCCACGUGUUCUGAGUCCUGUCACAUGAGCACCACCGGGUGGCGGCGAUCUGACGAAGACAGCCUGCCUUUCUUCCACGGAGAGGAGAUCGGACCUACCCGCCAGCCUCCCGUGUACGCUAUUGUGAGGCCGAUCAACUCGAUCACUACAGACAUCUUCUACUGGAUGUUCUACCCCUACAACGGACCGGACCCAGCCUGCCCUGGUUUGUGGUCGCUGUGGGGCACCUGCAUGGGCGGUAUGAGGGGUGUCCUGCGUCACGUGGGCGACUGGGAACACAUGACCCUUCGUCUGGUGGGCGGACACCCAAGGAGCAUCUUUAUCAAUCCUGCAUAUAAGCACGAAGGUACAUACAACUGGGACCCCGCAUCGCGGACGUAUAGGAAAGGUGCAGUAGCUGUGCAAACUGAGGGAACGCAUCCUAUCUUGUAUUCAGCCGCCGAUAGCCACAACCUGUGGGCCACCCCCGGGGACCAUUAUUACAAGAGAAGGCUCAUUCCUGACUCGCACAUACUCGACAUUACCAGUAACGGCACGGCAUGGGACACGUGGAAGAACGUCACUUUCACCAAGUACCUGCCAGACGGAGGCUAUACCGGGUCCUGGACGUGGCUCAACUACAAGGGCCGGUGGGGGGACAGGAAGGUAACCACGGUUAAUUGUCUAUUCGCGGAUUCGGCAUGCUAGUAAUAAACACAAUAACAUACAUCUAAGUUCUGUAGAAAAAUUCAUAUUCAUAAUGCAACU